AUGCUCUACAACAAUGACAGAAAAGAAUGGGAACACUCUGGAGGAUCAUCAGGGCUCUCCAGAGUUCAUGUUUAUCAUCAUCCAGUCAACAAUACAUACAGAAUAGUUGGGAGAAAAGUACAAGAUCAUACGGUAUGUUGUGAGGUUAAAACAUCACUGUUGGUGACUGUCUGUAAAAGUGUGUGCACAGUGUAAAUGCUACAAUGGAACAUGUUUUUUUUUCAUGGGAAACGGGGUACUCCCUUUGGUACAAUCUCCCAGUUAUUCCCCCAAUUCCCUACAAAGGGGGGAUUGAGACCAUCAAAUUAAUUUUUUAUUGCCCCAGCUAAAUCUUGGACCAGGCUUCUUGAUGAAGUUUUGGGUGCCCCUUUCUAUGGUACCAUUUCCCUUUUACUUCCUGUAGUACUCCCCCCUCCCAAGGGAACAUGGUAGCUUACUCCAGCAAAUCAAUUACCUAUUCACCAAGUUAUAUCUAGGACCAGGCCUGUUAGCAUGUAAUGGGUUGUCCCUUUUUUUGAUACCGUUUUCAAGUACAUUUCCUCAUUCCCAUGAAAGGAACCCAUCCCAGACUGGGACUUCAAAUUUCUCUGAGGGAACAAAUGAUGUUGAUUUGCCAUUCAUUAGAGUACAUAAUGAUGAUAGUUACCAGAAAAUUUGGCCUGUGGUCUGUAAGCUUUUGUUUGGAAGUUUUUCAUCUAUGUGUACCUACUGGUCUUUACUUAUAAGCCCUCUGGGUACUAUUUUUCUAAUUUAGUCCUUGAAUUCAUGAACUUUGCCUCUGAAAAGUAUGCAAAUGUGGGUACAAAAAAUUUUAAAUUAAAAAUCAAAUGAACAGCUUUCAGUAACAUCUGGUCUGGGAAUGAAUUCAAAGUUACUUUGCUGUUGCAGUUGUACUGCAUUGUAUCCUGGAAUUCAAUCUACACUUCUAAUCACUUGGGCCAAUUUUGAAAUUACAGGUUGUUAUAAACUGUGCAUUAGCAAAAGGAUUAAAAUACAAUGAAGCUACUCCAACUUUUCAUCAAUGGAGAGAUCAGAGACAGGUGUAUGGUUUGAAUUUUCCAAGCAAAGAAGAUGCACAAGUUUUUGGGUCAGCUGUGAAUACUGCCUUGGAAAACCUCAAGAGUGGUGGCACUGGUAUGUCAAAAGAAAGUUAAAAGUAAUGAAUUUUAUAUUCAGUCACCUUUUGAAUAUUGUACCUAAAUUUGAAAUUUAACUUGUUUCAGAGAAGGCUCUCAGAUAGAUAAACUGCUUGAGUUGGAGUGUUAAAAUGGCAGAAGGCAUUGUCAUUUGGUGCCCAGCAGGGACUCUUCAUACUCAGCCAACUGGUACCCAAAUUUGGACAAUUUGUACCCAGUUUGUGCCAGUCUGUACUUUAUGCACUGUUUGAUUCAUACCCUUCCAAACAUUCUGUGACCAAAGUUAAUGCAUGUUGAUUGUUGUGAACAACAAAGUUAAAGGUCAAGCAAGUAAGAUACAAUUAAAGUUCUGUUGAGUGUACAUAUGACCUUCUUAACCCCAGUAACAACUAAAUUGGUGCCUCAUGCAAUGCAAGUGUGAUUUUUUCCCUUUGUAAUUAACAGUAAAAAGUAACUGAUGUCGCUUUAUACCUAACAUGGAAAACAUAGCUUGGCAUGAAUUGACUGAGUACAAAACAUAUUUGGGUACACACUGACUGGUAAUCCUACAAGAAAAUUUUUGGUGAUGAUAAUAAGUGUUGUCUAUUGGUUCACAGCUGGACUUUCUCACCAGCCGCCCAUGGUGCCCCAACAACAGCCCCAGUAUACAAACAGCAGUAGGGGUAUUGAUCAUGAUGAAAUGGUGAAUCGAGACCACUUUGAUGGACAUGACCAAUAUUCACGUGGGAGGGUCUCCUCAGAAAACAGAUCUCACCGCCCUCAGUAUGAUGCACCUCGUGAAACAGAAAGCCCUAAUGUAAGUAUACCUUUCGGCUAUAGUAGUCUGUUCUCACCUGUUUAACACUUUGACCCCAAGGAGUAGCCAACGUCUAAUUUCUCUAUGAAAUACCACCCCUGAAUCACAUGAUAACGUCAGGAGAAUGAAGAAGCUCUGAUUUGUUAAUCCAAUUCUCUAUGUCAGUGGGAAAUGUAUUGCAAACAGUGUGGUAAAUAAAAAUGCAUAUUUAUGGGUGUAAAUGGUUAAUAAGGUUUGAAUGGUUGGCUUCCUCUUGAACCACAGAUAACUCUAUCACUUCACUAAGGUGGUUUAUUUUUUCUAAGAAGGCUUACAACUAAAAUCAAGCAAUCAUAUUUCUUUUAUCUUUUAUCCUACGAAAGUCAAUAUUUUCCCAGUAAUGGACUAGGCAUUGUUUGAAAUGAUCUUGCAUGACUUUCCAAAACAUUUGAAAAUUAAAAUAGCACACCAUUUAGAAGAUUUUCCAUUAAAUAUGCUAUAAACUACAGAGUGCAUAGCCAAAAAUUGCCAUUUUGACCAGGACUGUGAAUCAGAAGAGAAGUGUCAUGAAAGCAUUAAAAAAGCAAUUUGCUGUUUACAAAUAUAACUCUAACAAAGCUUGCAUGUGAUGUGCUGGGAAAAUGUUAGAUCUCAUUCUUCUCUGUAUGGACAUCUGGAGGCAUUGUGGCCCAGUGGUUAGGAAGCUGGGCUUGUAAUCUGGGCCCAGUUGUAUACAGGGGGGUAACACUAUCCAAAGGAUAAAUCACUAUCCAGCAGAUAAGUUAUUACAAAAUGUAUAGUGUUAUUGAAUGGAUACAGCUUUGUCUGGUGGAUAGCCUUAUCCAACCUUUGAACAACCAGGGUGUGAUAGUUCCUAUUUCCAGUCCUCUGUUGUGCUUUGUACAUACAGCCUACUGGUCUGCCUCCAGGCAGUCAGGAUUUUUAUACACUAUGUUUAUUUACAGUGACUGAUUCAAUUUAUUAGUAUUGGCCCUGAAAAGUGCUAUCAGGUGUGUUCAAUUAAGUAUACAUGCAUACACACACACUUCUUUGCCCAGCUCAUCUGUUAAGGUCUCGUGCAGAUAUUUUCCUAUGAUGGCAGCUUGGUUAGCACUUUUCUCUACAUACCGUGAUUACAUUGGCUAGAAAUCAAAUCGAACUUAUCAACCAGUAGAUAAUGGUCUGUAAUUAAUUUAAAUGGUGCAUUUAAGGUGAAAAUAUCAACAUAUUGGCUUAGUUUUCCAAAAUAACAUGGUAACAUGAAGAGUGUUUUUUGCUGAAGCUACAUUGUAUAUUUUCAUAUUUGUUUCACCAGUCAAGCACUAUUUCCUUGUCAACAUCUCCUGGACCACAGUCGCCACCACAGAGUAGGUUAUAAAUUUGGAAUUUCUACACACUUGCAAGAGUUUUUCUAUAGAAAAGAGAAAGCUCUAAUUUAAGUAGUAUCUCUGGGCAAUAGUGGUCUGUUGUUUCAAUUAAGGCGUUAACUCCCAUGAGUGACCAAGACAGAAUUUCUCCUGACCAUAUCAAUUUAACAUUAAGCAGACAAGGGAUGAGAAUAACGAAAAAUAUCCAUGAGGGGAAUAUUACUUAAGAUUGGAUACCAAAUUCUCUGAACUAAAAUUGUAAGGAUUGUACAGUAGACAGUAAUGAGAAUUACUGAUGAAAUCUUGAAAGUGAGAGGGUUAAGGGGCUUCCCUUCAAAGCGAUGAGGUGAAAAUAUGUCCUUGUUGUUGUCCUCUUGAGGGAAGACCUUCAAGCUAAUAGUGAACAUCAUGCAAGUAGGAAAAAAACUGGUGAUUGGCUUUUCACAGGAGUAUCAAACUAGUGAGAGAAAUGCUAGAUGAAAUACAAUAAAGUAGGUAUCAAUUCUUGCUUUUGUAUAAAUGGUAAACAGAGUUAAUUAUUUUCCUGUUGUGUUGAUCUGUUUGGCAGAUGUACCCCAGGCACCUCCUGUUCCAUCAGCUCCAUCAGCUCCACCUGCUCCCCCAGCACCCCCUGCUCCACCUGCUCCCCCAGCAGCUCCUCCUGUUCCUGUUGGGGGACCUCCUGCACCACCUCCUCCUCCUCCUACACCUAGUGGUGGAGGUGGAGGCUCAUUAGCAGAUCAGAUUGCAGCUGCAAAAUUGAAGAAGGCAGCUAAGGUAAGAUUGUGGAAGUUAUGUACCUUGUUCAUGCAAUAGUAAAUGUGGAAAGAUGUUUUUCAUCUUGUCACAAGGGUGGGACAAAGAAAAAAAUUCUGAGUCCCCAUAAGGAAUCAAACCUCAGACCUUCGGAUGCUGCACUCCAAUGCUCUACCACUGAGCCACAGAGACUCUAUGGUAAGCAAGGUCUAUUAUGAAUUUCAUAUGACACACUUCCUGCAUACUGCUAGGAUCAGCAAUGUCAAUAGCAUCAUGCUUGUAAAUAGAAUACUUGAGAGAUGGUAAGUUUUGAGCUUUGUAAAUAGAAAGAUGUUUUCUGUCUUGCCAUGAGUGUGGGACAAAGAAAAAAACUUGAACUUUGUAAUAGACCUUGUUCACUGUAGAGUCUCUGUGGCUCAGUGGUAGACCAUUGGAACACAGAAUCCGAAGGUCUGAGGUUAGAUUCCACAUGGGGACUCAGAAUUUUUCUUUGUCCCACGCUUUUGACAAGAUGAAAAACAUCUUUCUAUUUCUUUACUGAUCGAACUCAAAACUUACCAUCUCUCUUAUUCUAUUUAAAAAAAGUAAAUGCAUUGAACAUUCAAGAAAAGGGAAAAAUUUUGAACAACCUCAUUCUAUAGAUGUCAUUUAAUGCAAAAAAGAGAAAAACUUCUGUUUCUCUUGCAUACACUGUGUUAAAUCUCACUGCAAAAAACCAAAAGUUGAAUAUACUUUCAUCAAGUGAGGGAAAAUCAAGUAAAUUUCAUCUCCAGGAUAAAUUUCAUUUGGUUUAUGUUCAAGAAGGACUGCUUUUACCGUAAGUUAUUUUAAAUUUUGGAUUGCAUGCAAUUGGACCUACAUUUAUUCUAAACUUUAAUGUUUGGGGAGGAACUGGAACCAUGUGCAAUACAGGAGGAGGGGAAAGAUCCAGAAUCAAACAUCUCCAGAUUUCAGAUUCCUAGUUGAAGUAACUGAUUUUAUUGACAAAUUUGAUGUUUACUUCUAUGUUAUUGUGUAGGCUGAAAAUGAAAGUCCGAGAACUGAACGAGCUAAUUCAACAAGUCGAAGUAACAAGUCCAUAGGUGGGGGAAUGGACAUGAUGGCAGAAAUGCAAAGAAAGUUGGCUGCAAGGUGUGAGAGAUUCAAUCAAUUGUUGUUAUGCAAUUCUGGGAGAUUUGGUGGCUCAGUGAUCUGCAUGAUUGUUCAACUCCAGAGCUGGAGAUUUGAGUUCUAGCUCUGGCCAAGUUACUGUGCUGUAUCCUUGAGCAAGGCAUUUGACUUUCACAAUACUUCUCCACCCAGGGGUAUAAAUGGGUACCAGUGCAUUACAUUCAGUUGAAAAAAGGCAGUAUCCUAUUUUAGUUGAUAAUGAUUUUAAAUUUAUAGUUCCAGGUAGAUAAAACCUUUACCCAGAUGCAGCGUUAAUUGUAUUGUACAAGUUGUUUUCCAUCCUUACAUUACACAAACUGUAAUAAACAUGACAUGCACUUUUAUCAUAGGAAAGCCAAAGAGGAGGGAAGAGAAAUCGAGGUAAGAUUUUUCAAUACUUUAAGGGUGUUCCAUCUUAAGCACUAUUUUCAUUGUCACAUCUUUCAUCUGUUAAGAUCUCAGUAUUGAUUUUCUUUACUGUUUGUCAUAUGUUUAUCAAAUUUUUUGCUUUAGAAAAGGUUUGAAAUCAAACAAUAUCCUUGGGGGAAUAUUUUUCUUGAAUAUCUUCAUGCCUGACAAUGUACUCAUCUGUUGAAUCUGUAAGGAAUCGAGUUGGCCAAGAGCUUUGGGUUUGACCUGGGGUGGGUCAUUUUGUUGUCUUCUUGGGCAAGACACUUUACUCUCAUUGUUCCUCUCCUAACAUAUGACAGUAAACAAGUACCAGUGAACUACCAGAAAAACUUUGCAAAAUUCUGGAUAGGUGAAGGGGGUGUGUGGAGGGGGUUGGUAGCUUAUAAUGGACUUAUAUCCCAUGCAAGUGGAGAAGUGACUCCAAAUCAUGUCUUACUUUGGAAACCAAGAUAAGGUCUGAUGCCAGGUGGGGCAGUUAUGGCUCCAGAGGCAACUAAUUUUUUUAAGCAAUCAAUUAAUGCAUGUUAUUUUCCUCCAUUUCACUUGAGUUAGUAAUUGCAACAACAACAAAUAAGAACAACAACAAACACAAUGAUAACAAUAUUUAUUUUCCUUAACAAUCCCAACCCGCAAAAUAAAGAGACACAACAGAUUAUCACAGAGGAGUUAUGAGAGGAAAAUGUACAAAUUGUAGUGAAAAUUUUAAUCAGGGUCAUUGAUUCCAUAAAAUUUUUUGUUUGAUAAUCCUGCAGUGACUGUAAACCUUACUUGUUGCCGACUCCAAUAUCGCUUUGAAUUUGUUUACCUGUUUAAUUUUAUGUUUAAUUUUAUUUUUAGCCUGUCAGAGAGGAAACUGAGGCAAGAACAGAAAGAGCACCUGCUGGUAAGUAUUCAACCUUUUUGAUGUCUCAUUAUCUGUUAUAGCUAAGCCUUCAAAAGAUACUUUUGGACAUGAGCCUGGAAAACUGAAUGUAGUAGACAAAGUCAAGACAUACUUGUAAUCUUUCUUGCUGAAAUGAUACCUAAAAUCUUCUUUCAUGGUUUGAUAAACUCUCUUUGGUUUUCUUUCCUGGUCAAAGCUCUUGGGAGAAAUUGAUUUUAGUAGAUGAUGCGAGAAUAUUGUAUAAAGUGACAUACUGUAAAAUAGGAGAUUUAUUUUUUCAUUGCUCUUAUUCUAUAAUGUUUGCUGUUCCACCUUGUUCAAUUUUUCAGCACUUGAAACAUUUUCCUACAUCAAGUCACAUCUCAUUUUUCAAUCAUGGAAAUUUUUUUUUUUAUUUUCGAUGGUCUUACAUGUGUGGUUAAAAUUAUAUUAAGGGAUUAGGAAUUUUGUUGAGACAAGUUUCUCUAUAAGGUGUUAUUCCAAUUUUAGUUUGUUGACUUAUGCUUUAUUUUUAUGACACUACUAGCACCUCGCACCACUGUAAGCAAUCCACCCCCAGCUCCGGCAUUUGGAAACAACAACAUUAAACCAAACUUCUCGUCAAUAGGGAAACCAACAAGUAAUGGUGCCAGGUAAGGGUGGUCUUAAUCAAGGAAUGUUGAGAAAAAUAUUCGAGCUGUGAAAGGUGGAAAUAUUCUUUUUGGAUGAGAGACUUAAUGCGGGCAACAUGAAUUAUGAAGGUUUCAACAAGUAACAUGAAACUUGAUAGUUUGGUUUAAUUAGCUGAGUUAAUUGGCCAGUUUCUGAAGCUGACGUUUUGAUGGUUAGCCCUUCAUUAGAGUGAAGUGCUAAUGUUCCUAAUUAGAUGAAAGUCUGUUAGCCCUGUUAAUCCAAAUUUUGACAAAAUUCAAGAUGAAGGUAAAGCUUCAUGCGUACUUCAUCUCAUUACGUCGGAGAGAAAUUUUUCCCCUGACAAGAAAUCUUGUCUGCCAGUUAUUGUUGUUGAUAUUUCAAUUAUUUUAAAUGCAGUUGUGUGGCAUUUACAAGAUCAAUCUAAGCUUGAGGUUUGAAUGACACAAGUUUAUUUAUACCAUGAAAAGACAACUUUGAGAGCAAAAAUCACUGAGUUUUAAAUUGUUCUUUCGGUUUGCAGGAAAAACAGCAAGUCAGAAUCCCCCUUAAGUAAUGAUCAGCUUGAAGAAUUAAAAUCGGUAGGAUUAUUUUUGUGAUAUUCUAAUGGUUAAAAUGGAAAGCUAGAGCAUAAUUUAUAUAUUGCAUUUCGAUCUCAAGAUUUCCAAUACACAGUUGUAUUUUGCUGGAAAUUGACCCUGUAUAUUAACUUUGUAUGUUUCUCAUAUAGGAAUUACUAGCUGAAUUUAAACAGGAAUUGGAUACUGCCAAGAGAGAGAUAAUUGAAGGUUAGUGGUUUAAAAGGAGGGCAAAAAAGGAAAUGAAAGGAAAAACAAAAGACUUACUUCCCUAUGGCUACUUAGAAACUUUCAGGCUUUAGUAUAUUUCGCAUGGAUAAAAAUUGCAAAAAAUAACUCUGGAGCUGUGUUUCUCUUGCUAAACAAAAGUCACAUACUAAAAACUUAGUUCAUUAUUGCAGCAUGUACCUUAAACCAUUUGAAUUUUUUUUGUGACCGUAAGUUCUUUGCAAUUUUGGUGAAAAUGUUUCUCUUUUCUCCUCUUGCAGCUGUAAGACAAGAAAUUGCUCGCCUUCGGUGAGUGGGUGUGGAACUAGUGUACCAAUCCAGAAGCCACUAAAAUAAUUGGGAAACUCCUGAUUGAUGGAAAGAAUAACUUCAUGUAUUUGUUCCUUUUGCUGACAUCAUAAUAAAGAUUUGGGAUAUAAAUGAAAUUAUACACAGUUGGCUCUGGAAGUACAGUUUUAAUUGGCAAAUGAAACAAAUGACUUGUGAAGGUGUGUUAUAACCCUUCUUAAUAAAAGGACAUUUUUAAACAAUAGGGUUCAUUAGCCCCUCAACAAAUUUGUAAUAAAUAUUGCAUGAAUGUGAUGCAAUGAUUAAUCAUCAGGGCAGAGCUGUGCAAACAUGAUUACCAGUAGCCCUUAUUUAGAUAGAACGAUGCAUUGUGUUUGUAUCUAGUUAUACCAGAAUUUACAUAAAUCAACUUUGAUUAAUUAUGCUGGUUACACAUCACCUCAAGAGUGAAAAGUUCUUACUAGAUUUAUUUGUUUUGGGGAAUUCAUAAUCUGCUCCAUAAUUCAUUUGUUUUCAAUAUCUGAAGUGUAAUAUUCACAAAUAUUUUUUUUGAACGCUACCACUUUAAGAUUGGUUGAAAAAUACUGUAACUGUUUUGAUUUAGAAUGGGCUACUGUAGGGAAUUAAACAAAAUGACCUCUUAAGGUGUUUCAUGAAAAUUUUGCAGAAUUUAAUUUUAACUGAAUUUGGCAGAUAGUCCUUAAUUCAGAGAUACUCAGAAGGAAAAUCGCACAGUUUACUACCUCAAAACUGACUACCUGCUUCAAAUGAAAACAAAGUGAGAUUUAUUUCCUAGUCAGUGGUCUGUUACUUAAACAGAAAAUCACAAGAUUGGUUCCCAGGGAAAUUUCAUUCAUUUGGAAUAACAAAGGCUUGAGUUUUCAUUGCAUACCUUGUUUAACAUGACAGUCUCUUACCAAUCUUUAAGGCAAAUUCAUCUUAAGUUUUCCAACAACUGGCACCACUGCUCUCCAUGCAACCUUUGGGAGCUCUUCAUAGAGGACAUUAGAAAUUGCCUUAAUAAAGAAUUACCAAUCUGCAAACUAUAACUCUCAAAGUUUUCAUGAAAAGGGCACCAUAACAUAACUGAAUACAAGGAGGACUAUGUGCAAUAUGUGCUUCAGGAGUAAAAAGUUAUAACAGUGACUGGAAGAUGCAAUAGAGGCAUGGUUUCAAUUCCUUG